AUGAGGAACUUUCAAAACUUCAGGGGGAAACCUCAGAACUUAAGGGAGGACUCAAACUUCAGGGGUAAACCUCAGAAAGAACUUCAGAGUGAUCCUCAGAACUUCAGGGGAACCUCAGAAACUUUCAGGGGGGACCUCAGAACUCAGAGGGAACCUCAGAACUUCAUGGGGACCUCAGGGGGAACUUCCAGGGAGGACCUUAGAAACUUCAAGAAGGGAACCUCAGAACCUUCAAGCAGGUGGGGAAGCCUCAGAGCUUCAGGGGAACCUCAAACUUCAGGGGGUGGGGGCCGGGGGCAGAAAACUUCAGUAUUUGGAAACCUGCAGAACUCAGGGGGAACCUCAGAACUUCAGGGCGGACCUCAGCACUUCAGGGGGAACCUCAGAACUUCAGCGGACAAUCAGAACUUCAGGGUUGGGGGGACCUCAGAACUUCAGGGGGUAGGACCGGGGGGUCAGUUCAGGGAAUCUCAGAACGUCAGGGGGGACCUCGAGAACUUCAGAGGGAACCUCAGACUUCAGGGGGGAUCAAAACCUCAGAAUUUUCAGGGGACCUCAAGAACUUCAGGGAGGGGCCCUACUAGCAACUUCAGAGGGGAACCUCAUAACUUUAGGGGGACAUCAAAACUUCAGGGAGGACCCUCAGAACUUUCAGGGGAACCUCAGACGCUUUCAGGGGGAACCUCAGAACUUCAGGGAGGCCACAGAACUUCAGACCCUCCGAACUCAGAGGGAACCCCUCGGAAUUUUUUCAGGGAGGACCUCAGAACUUCAGGGAGGACCUCAGAACUUCAGGGAGGACCUCAAAACUUCAGGGGGGACCUCAGAACUUCAGGGAGGGAACAGAAUCAGGGAGGAAAAACCCUCAGAACUUCAGGGAGGACCUCAGAACUUCAGAGGAAACCUCAGAACUUCAGGGAGUACCUCAGAACUUCAGGGGGGACCUCAGAACUUAAGGGAGGGAAACCUCAGAACUUCAGGGGGGGGGACCAAUCAGAAACUUCAGAGGGAACCUCAGAACUUCAGGGAGGACCUCAGAACUCAGGGAGGGACCUCAGGGAACUUCAGGACCUCAGAAACUCACAGGGAACCUCAGAACUUCAGAGGGAACCUCAGAAUUUCAGGGAGGACCUCAGAACUUCAGGGAGGACCUCAGAACUUCAGGGGGGACCUCAGAACUUCAGAGGGAACCUCAGAACUUCAGGGGGAACCUCAGAACUUCAGGGAGGACCUCAGAAUUUCAGGGAGGGGACCUCAGACUUCAGGGGGAACCUCGAACUUCAGGGGGACCUCAGAGCUUCAGGGGGGACUCAGACUUCAGGGGGCGAAAUUCAGAACUUCAGGGGGGACCUCAAGAAUUUCAGGAGGACCUCAGAACUUCAGGGAGGAUCUCAGAACUUCGGGAGACCCUCAGAACUCAGGGAGGACCUCGAAAUUCUGGGGAGGGGGAACCUCAGAACUUCAGGGGGGGGAACCUCAGACUUCGGGGGGGACCCUCAGAACUUCAGAGGGAACCCUCAAGAACUUAGGGGGGACUUCAGAACUUCAGGGGGGACCUCAGAAUUUCAGGGAGGACCUCAGAACUUCAGGGAGGAUCUCAGAACUUCAGGGAGGACCUCAGAACUUCAGGGAGGACCUCAGAAUUCUGGGAGAACCUCAGAGGCUUCAGGGGGCCGCAACUUCAGGGGGGGGAACUUCAGGGGGGACCUCAGAACCCUCAGGGUUAGGCGACCCUCAGAAACUUUCAGGGAGGGGGACCUCAGAACUUCAGGGGAAAAUCCAGUUCCGGGGAACCUCAGCAUCCAGGGGGACCCUCGUAACUUCAGUGGGGGACCCUUCAGAAACCUUCAGGGGGGGACCUCAGAACUUCAGAGGGACCUCAGAACUUCGAGGGGGAACCUCAGAAUUUCAGGGAGGACCUCAGAACUUCAGGGAGGACCUCAGAACUCAGAGGGAACCUCAGAAUUUCAGGAGGACCUCAGAACUUCAGGGAGGACCUCAGAACUUCAGGGGGAACCUCAGAACUUCAGGGAGAACCUCAGAGCUUCAGGGGGAACCUCAGAACUUCAGGGGGGACCUCAGAACUUCAGGGAGGACCUUCAGAAAACUCAGAUUACCUUCAACUUUAGGGAGGGACCUCGGACUUCUAGGAGACCUCGGAACUUUAGGGAGAACCUCAGAACUUUCAGGGGGGGACCUCAGAAACUUCAGGGAGAACUCAGCUUCAGAACCUCAGAACUUAGGGGGAACCUCAGCACUCCAGGGGGAACCUCGUAA